CUGUCCCACCCGCCGAGGUCUGCAGGAGCCGCCGGCGGCCCCGCGGAGUGAAGACAUUAUUUGAAAAAGGCUGUUGUCCAGCAAAAGGAAGGUCAAAGAUUUACUUGUCAAAAUGUCGCGAUGUGUUCUCCUUUUAUACUCUUAGGUGGAGAUUUUCCAAGGACCUGGAGCAAGUCCUUGCGAUGGCAGCAGUGACGGAAACCAACAACGUCCGUGCAGUGACUGAGGGGCUGGAAGGAGAUGACACCAAAUGCAGUUUCCAUCACAGAAUGUUCUUGGAACCCCAAGAGAAGAAGAGGAGCAUGAAGGCUCUGGUGGUUAAGCAAGCAAAGAAAACCUGCAGCUGCACUCCAAACAAAGUUAAAGACUGUGUUUUUGGUUUCUUUCCCAUCAUACGGUGGCUUCCUAAAUACAAACUGAGGGAGGAUCUCUUGGGAGAUUUAAUGUCCGGGGUGAUCGUGGGGGUCUUACUAGUCCCACAGUCAAUUGCCUACUCUCUCUUGGCUGGAGUGGAGCCUAUUUAUGGCCUCUAUACAUCCUUUUUUGCGAGCCUUAUUUAUUGCAUAUUUGGAACCUCCCGCCACAUCUCGGUCAGCAUCUUCGGUGUGACUUGCCUGAUGAUGGGACAAGUGGUGGAUCGUGAAAUGGAGAGAGCUGGCUAUGACUUGGAACCAGCUGUGCUCAGCGUCCCCCCAGGUGCAGCAGCACAUGUGAACACCACCCUUUCACCAGCGAAUGGCACAGGGCAGGAGCUACUCUGUGACAGAAGCUGCUAUGCCAUUACAGUGGCAGCCACUGUGACCUUCUUGGCUGGAGUUUAUCAGGUGGCCAUGGGUUUAUUUCAAGUGGGCUUUGUCUCGGUGUACCUCUCCGAUUCAUUGCUGAGUGGAUUUGUCACGGGCGCCUCCAUCACCGUCCUAACCUCGCAAGUCAAGUAUCUCCUGGGCCUGGACAUUCCACGGGCCGGAGGCAUCGGCUCUCUCAUAGUCACCUGGAUAAACAUCUUCAAAAACAUACACAAGACAAACAUCUGUGAUCUCAUCACCAGCUUCUUGUGCUUUCUUGUGCUUAUCCCAGCCAAAGAGCUUAAUGAACGUUUUAAAUCCAAGCUCAAGGCUCCAAUACCAGUUGAACUAUUUGUGGUUGUGGCAGCUACUCUGGCAUCUCACUUUGGGAAGCUGAAAGAGACUUAUGGCUCGAGCGUUUCUGGGCACAUCCCAACCGGGUUUCUGCCACCCCGCCCUCCAGACUGGACCCUCAUUCCCAGUGUGGCUUUGGAUGCCGUUGCCAUCGCUAUCAUUGGCUUUGCCAUCACGGUCUCCCUCUCGGAGAUGUUUGCCAAGAAGCAUGGUUACUCUGUGAGGGCCAACCAGGAAAUGUAUGCCAUUGGCUUCUGCAACAUCAUUCCCUCCUUCUUCCAUUGCUUCACAACCAGCGCAGCUCUUGCCAAGACUCUUGUCAAGGAGUCCACAGGCUGUAGGACGCAAGUCUCUGGCAUGGUGACCAGUUUGGUAAUCCUGUUAGUCCUCCUUGUGAUUGCACCUUUAUUUUAUUCCCUUCAGAAAUGCGUCCUUGCCGUCAUAACCAUCGUAAACCUCAGAGGAGCCCUGCGGAAGUUCCAGGACCUGCCAAAAAUGUGGCACCUGAGCAGAGUGGACACGGUGAUCUGGGGAGUUACCAUGGCAGCCACAGCACUCAUCAGCACCGAGAUUGGUCUUUUGGUUGGUGUUUGCUUCUCCAUGCUCUGCGUCAUCUUCCGAACUCAGAGGCCGGAGGCACCGCUGCUUGGCUGGGUGGCAGAGUCCGAGACCUACGAAUCCCUGUCUGCUUACAAGAACCUGCAAACCAAGCCAGGGGUCGUGGUGUUCCGUUUCGAAGCCCCGCUCUACUACAUCAACAAGGAGUGCUUCAAAUCCACCCUGUACAAGCAAACCGGGGUCAACCCAGUCUGGGUGAAGGCAGCAAAGAAAAAGGCAGCAAAAAGAAUGCUUAGGGAGAAAGAGGUGGGUUCUGGUGACAACCAGACCAGCAUCUCCAUGGAUUUUGUGUCUGAACCUCUGGGGUUUCACACCAUAGUGAUUGACUGUUGUGCAGUGCAGUUCCUGGACACGGCAGGAAUACGCACGCUCAAGGAGGUCUGCAAGGACUACGGGGAGAUAGGUGUCCAUGUGCUCCUGGCCCAGUGCAAUCCUUCAGUGAGGAGUUCCCUGAUCCGAGGGGAAUUCUUUAAAGAGGGGGAGGACCACCUUCUCUUCCACAGUGUGCACCAGGCUGUGGACUUUGCAUUGGGCACCCAGGGGCACAGUGGGACCAGUGCUUCUACGGACUAGCUGUGGUGAGACAGCAAGUUGGAACAAAGCCUGGGAAAAAUUGUCUGUGGGUCUGUAUAUCUAUGCAAUCAGUGUAUGUGCACUCAGGCUGGGUGGUUCUUAGCACACUGGUUAUUGUGCAGUCUGCUUGGAUGCUUUAAAUUUGCCUGCCAGGUGCAGUGAUUCAAUAGGCGGUACUGAAUGAAGGCAGUUCUUAACUUGAUUAUGGCUAAUCUGUGACUCUAAGAGUUUUCAUAUGGUUGUUCAUCUCAUUUCUCUUCUCUCUUGAACUUUCAGUGUCUCAGUUCCCCUCUAAGUUUUGAUCAUCAGCAUUGAAGUCUUUCUUGCAACCCUGUCUUUGAGGAUGGGGCAGGAUUCUGAAGUAGUCUGAUCAUCCUGUCCAGCUGAAGACCAAGGCAACUCAUUUCUUGUCCCUCAUUCUGGCACUGAUUUUCCAUCUCCACACCGUUAUGUUUGCUAAGGAAUGGCUGACAGGGACUGUUUGCUCUGGUCUUUACUGUGCAGUGUUUGCUUUUUUAACCUUCCUGAAUUUGGUACAGGUAGAUAAAUCAAAUCUAAACAUGCAUGAAAAGGUCUUCAUGAAUAGCUUCUAACCAACCAUCUGUCACCUCCAGAGGCUUUGGCACUGUCUCCUAAUGCAGCCAGGCCAUGGGGGCAUGGUUAUCUUGUGUUUCCAGGCCUUUAUGUGCCUGUGCCUAUGGAAAUGUUACCUCUCUAGUUUGAUUUUAAUGGUUUUUAUUCAGAGGUGACUGCUUAGAAAUCUGGUUCAUCCUUAUGGUCAGUCAGUUGUUUUCCUAAUAUUUAGGAGCUCUUUAGAAUUGUGGACUUUAGAUAUGGAAAAUAUCUAGUUCUUGAGUUUCAGCAGAAAACAGUCCCUUAUAGGCAGUUUUAUAUGGCAGGCAAACAGAAUCACAGGCACCAAAAUGGAAAGGGCCAAAUAGAUUAUCCAACAUCUGUCCAAAUGUGUUCAUGUCACACAGACUUUGGGUGUGAAUGCAGGUUUUAUUGACUCUACGUGCUCUGCCAUGGACUUGAUGCAAGGGGAAUGCACAGACCAAGAAAUACAGUCAUUGGAAAAGGAGCCAAGAAAAUUCUUUGCUGAACUUUGUUUCACCAGGUCAGCGUAAACAGAACUUUUUACUUGGAUUUUAAAUUAUUCAGAACAGUGAAGAGUGCCUGUUCUUCAUGCUGAAAUCCAAGCACUGGGUAGGAAGAGGUUCUCUUUCCUUACAGUGAUAGAGUACAAUUAUGGAGGCAGAAUGGAGAGAUUAAGAGUGUUUGCUGAGUACCAGCUAUACACAGCACAUCUUUGGAAGAUGGUACUUUCUCCCAGGGGAGUUUACAGCCUGAACUGCAGGUGCUUCACAGCUUUUAAAAGGGAAGGGUGCUGUAUACUGACAAUAUUCUCAUCCUUAAUCAUUCAAAAAUAAUAAGUCAGGAGUCAAAAAAGGCAUAAAAUACAAUAUGAAUUGUGAAACGUUUACUAAAUUGAAAUAUAUUUUGAGUUUAGACUGUUUUCUUCUUUCCUUUUUCUGAUCAAGGACCAGUAACUAUUCUCUUCUUUCUAUGAAAGCUCAAUGUCACAUAACACUUCACUCUAGGAGAUGGGACCUCAAGAGAAGGAUGAGACAGCAGGAAGAUGAGUCCUUCAUAUGUUAACUGAACAUGCUACAUUUUUUUAGGACAUCAUAGCAGCCUGUAGAAAUACUGGGGGAGGUGGGAGGUGGCUGUAGCACAUAUUGAAAAGGAGCAUAUAACUGAGAUCUGAUGAAAAAGCCCUGAUGAAAAAUUGCAGCAUGUUGUUAUUGUCAAUUGUCCUGCCUACCUGCAGCUACUUGUUCUCACCCCUUUUUCCCUCAGGCAUGGGCAGGAGAGAGGGAGAGGAGGAAGGAGCAGCUGGCCAGGGGACUUCAAGGCAGGUCAGCCACAAGUAGGACAGAAGUCAAGUAGGAAUUUCUCUGGGUGGUUUUUGCUCUCUCCCGUACUCUUUCCACACUGCCCAGGUGGAAAUCUUUUGAUCUGUGACCAUGCACAGGUUUGUGUAGCCAAAUUCUAACUGAGAAGGGGAAAACCUUUCUUUAUUACGUGAUGUUUUUUCAAAUCCAUUUCUACCUGUGUCAGGUAGAAAUUGUUAAUUUCAAUGUUAGUACUUUCCACAGCUAUCAGAAUGGAUAUUUGUAGCUCCUGGGUAUUUAUUUACAUAGAAGCACAAUAAAACAGCCAUGAAUUGAUUUUCCCAAUAAUUAAAUUGCAUUAUAGCUAAAAGAUGUACUGAAGUGAUUUAUGUUUAACUAGAGCACAUUGUAUUUGGCCUCAGUGCUGUUUGCACGGCCAUGACUGGCGAUGCAGCCUCCAAAUUGUAUAAAGGAAAACACAAGAACUAAAAUGCAACAGCAAGAACAGCCAGGCAACCCAAAGAAAAACUUCUAAUGUUCUUAUUUAAGAUAACAUCCAGAGGUCAUAGUAUUAAUAAGUCUAUAUUAAUGCACACUGCCCUGUUUAAAAGGGAACCAAAAUAAAUGCCAUUUGCCAGAGAGUUCAGUGUAAUAGAAUCCUUUGGAAUUAACUGCAGAUUAGAGCUUAUUAUGGCUGGAAUUUCUUAGAACAGUGGAUUCCAGCCAUUUUCCUUCUAGGCCUAGAAUAACCUUUUAGGAGUGACAUGAAUCUGAUUUAAGCCUACUGGCAAGAAGCACAUUUUGCUUGAAUAUGUUUGUGGACCAUUUAAAGUAAUCCAAUUUCAUCUUUAGGAAUCGGGGACCACUGAUUGAAAGCUUUUGCCCUAAAGAAUUUGUUUUGUAAAGGAAUUUUAUAUGUAUCCACACACAUCUAUAUGUGUAUGUAUCUAUGUGUGUGUGUACAUAUAUAUCUAUAUAUAUCUUUUGCUGCUGUGUGAUGGUUGCAGCAGCUGUAUAUAUCCAGUUAUGCUUUUGUGAUACUCCUGCUUCUGUCCUGGAAAGGGCUCUUCUGCCUUCUACUGUUCUAAAAGAACAGUGGAGAACAUGUACCGGAUUUUUUAAGGGGAAAUCUCACUGCCUUCUCUCCUCCCUACCUCACAGCUGAAUGUAAACUAUAGGAAGAGCAACUCUCAGAACAAUUGGUUUGGGGUUUAUACAUCUGUCCAGAACAGGAAUGUUCCUCCCAGGUGCAAAAUUCAGAACCCCAAGCUAGACUGGAAGAUCGUAUAAAUCAUUUUAUCUUCAUUCCCAAAGGUACUAAUCAGCAAUUAUCAGUCUAAGUGAAGAAUUAAGAGAUCAUUAGUAUGUUCAUUAGUGACAACAACAUGGCAUUAUGGAAAUUAACACUCACAGCCUCAGCUGUACUAAAGACUCCUAGAAAUGUCUUUAGCAAUCUCCUGCUAAAUGUCAGGCUCUUUUUAUCUCCUGUGUUGCUGCUAUAGAUAGUAGUGUCAGUUCCUCUUAACGUGGCAGCUGAACUAAUAAAUGUUUCACUUGUGUGAGUGUUUUGACAAAAAAACCAUUUUAGGUCCACUUCACAAAACAGGGAAGGGCAUCUCAGUGGUGCUUAUUUUUGGAUUCAUAAUGACAUUGCCAACCUUAGUCUUGUGUGAUUUAGUGAUCCUUGUUUCCUUGUGAGCCAUUGCAGUUCCAUCUGCUCCUAAUUCACUGCAAGACCCACCUCCAACUUCUUGUGCUUCUUUCUGUGUUUUGCUGCAAGACAUUGCAUAUGGUUGACUGUAAAUAGAAGAAUCAUUGGCUUUGUGUAUAUUGCUGUUAUAUGUGACCUGCUGCUCAGUUUCCAUGGCAGAUCUUUUGAUAAGGCUAAAGCUCCUGAACAGAGAGAGGAAAACAACCCCAAAACCCCAUGAGUCCUGUGGGUGCUGGGACCGAGAGAAAUGGAGCUAUGGGCAGCUGAUAGGGGAGCACUUCUGUGUGUGUGUCCCCAUGCUGGAGCCUCAGCCUGGUUUGGGACUGGGAAAGGGUUUGUGCAACUGCUGGUGCUGUCCAGGAAUGACAAAUUAACCUGAAGGUGUCUUUAUUACGGGGCUGCUGGGACACAGUGUUGUGCAGCCUUGUGCCUUUCUUACAGGGAGUGUAAUAACAACACAGGACCUGGUUCCUCAGUGCUCUGCUCAAUUCCUCCUCAGUCACUGUCCUGAGAUACGUAUGUAAGGGGUUUCUGGUUUUAUGGUUAAUUUUGUUUGGUCUAAUUUUAAUCUCAGUCUGUCCCAGGCAGGGCAGCAGAGCUGGCCACGACUGUGCUCCUUGCCCAUGGAAGGGUGUCUCUCUUGGGAGAAAGCCCACAGCCACGGCUUUGGUCUCUGCUCACACUCCUGCUGGCUUUUGUCAGGAGACAUUCAAAUCCACUGACGAUGGGUUUGAAAAGCAGAGGUGAGGUAUUGCAGGCAGGAGAACAGCCUGGCUGCCACACUGGGGUUUUAAGCUGCUCCGUGCCCAGCUGCCUCCCACAACCUUGUGCUGAGGUUGGCCCUGAACUCUGCCUGUGCUCAGUCCUAGAUCCUAGCUGAGGGUGAAACUCUUCAGGCAAAUAGUUUCUUUCAGGGCAUUAUCUUCUGCUAUGUGUUUUUUGGUUUUUUUUUUUUUUUUUUUAACAUGCUUUAGGAAAGUGAUUUAGAUGCUUGAGGUGAUUUACAUUUUUAAAUAUUUUUUUUUCAUUGGCAUGGCUGAGCCAGUGAAGCUGUGAUGCAAAUAUUGCUCUGCUGCUCAAGCCAUACAAGGUACUUUGUGUAGCUUAAGUUUGUUCUGCUGAGUCUCAGUGUAGGAUGCUGUUGUGAGACUUCAUUCAGUAUUGAUAUAACUCUCCACAGGAGAAGGGCUUUGCAUUUCUCUGCUGGCAUAGACAAAGGGAGUCAUGUCUUUAGUGCAGACUUUGCACUGUGAAUGACCUUGGUAAAUCCCAAGAAUUACUUGCACUGGGUCAUCGUGUUUAUAAGCCUUUGUAGGAUCAGCUGCUCAUGUGAAAAUCAACCUGAUCUUUACUAUUUCAGUCAAAUUCUGCCUAAAGUGGAAAUAAUUGAGUCUUGCUUUUUCAUUUGAGAUUCUUGCAAUGCUAAAAAUGAGGCCUCUCGUUAGGUAAAAUGACAAAUAUUUAAUAUAUAUAUAUAUAUAUUUAGUUCAUAGUAUAAUUAGUACCUUUCUAUUUUAUUUUCUAGAGAUUCUGUAGGCUGAGGCAUAUUGAUAUUCUUUAAUGUGCAAAUGCACAAAAUAUUUCAGCAUUGAAUGGCGAAUCAAAUCUCCAUUGAGGUAAAUUUACUGCUAAAAAUAUUUGAAUUGCAGCUCUCUCCAGCUCUGAAAGCACUUAGCUCUUAGUCCAGCUCCCAAAUGAUUCCAAUAUUCCACAAGAAGAUAGGAGAUACAUUUUGCUGAACUUGGGUCCAAGUUUUUGAUAUCUGAUUUUUUACUUAAGUAAAUUUUAUGUGUAUUUGAAAUGCAAAUGAAACAUGGUUAAGGAGAGGUAAAAUGUCCCUCUUUCUGAAAAGCACAUGAGUUGUCCCUGACUAUCAUCUCUAGUACCUUGGUAUAUUCUGGGGUAUGAUUUUUUUGAAUUAUUUUAAAUUCAGAAUAAUGCUAGAUAAUUGUGACGUAAUCUUUUGCAGAACAAACCAAAUGGCAAACUUUGCCUGGAUUUUGUUGGAGAAUCAGUUUAACUAAACAGGACCUCAGGACUGGAACAGAUCACAUUGGUCAGCUGACCAGUUUACAAAAUAGUUUAUGUGUUAUUUGAAUAAAAUGUGGGAAGGUCAUAUAGUAUCUAUAAAAAGUCACCUUAUUCGGUGGCAUCAGUUUUAUUUUUCAGUAGUCAUCUGUGUUCUGCCAUCACUUCUGGUGUCUGUCCUCUGUGUGGUGUUGGCUCUCCUUUACACUCUCUGUCUGAGCUGUAUCAAUUGUUAUUUUUAAAUGCUAAUGUGCCUUAUUGCCAUUGUAGAAGAUUUGUUAGCGUGAGAAUUUUCUAUCAAAUAUGGUAAAAUCGUUGGGUUUCUUUAGCACAAUUAAAAGAUGGUAUUUAUGGUUU